AUGUCGGUUAAUGGCCCCGAGCCACCGGUGCCGGCCGUUGUGGCAGCAAGUGACGCCGUCGAGGUGAAGAGCUCUGAGCGAGCCAGGCAGAGAGAGAUCGCAGCGUACGUCGCCCACGCCCGCGCCCAACACCUUGAUCUCACUCACCUAACUGUGACCCUCCUGUGUAGUUACCUCUUGGCCGCCUCGUUCCCUCCAGAUCUCCCCGCCGCUUUCGCCGAAAAGGCCACGCUGAACUCGGAUCCCAUCCUCAAUGGCCUCACUCAACUCGGCGCCCUGCGACUGGGCUGCGACAGAGCCUUUGUGUCUCUCAUCGAUAGAACAUACCAAUAUGUCGUCUCGGAGAUCACGCGAUCACACUCGCUUUUUGACUUGAUCUCCGACCCGGGAGACACCAUCGCGAUAGGUGUUUGCAAGCUGAGGAAUUGCGAUGGUGUGUGUCCGGCAACCAUGAACGCGUUUAUGGACGAGACAGGUGAAUGGGUGAAAACAGGACCCGAUGUCAUUGCGAAUAGAACGAGAUAUAUCAUCAACAACUUCACGACACACCCCGACUACAAAGACCGCCCAUAUGUCAAGAAUUACCCCUACUUCCGAUCAUACCUCGAGGUCCCUCUGGUCUCUUCGCUUGGGUACUUGAUGGGAAGCUACUGCGUGGUGGACAGCAAGUUGAAUGAGUUUGACGAUGACGAAAAAGUGGAGAUUAUGAACGAGAUUGCUGUCGCCAUCAUGGCGCAUCUGGAGAAUGUUAGGAUAAAGCAGAGCCGAGAUCGUUCGGCCCAGCUAAUACAAGGGUUAAGCGGAUUCAUCAGGCAUGAACCACCCUCACAGCGGCCCUCCCGUGCGAGUGCCAUACCUAGGCCGGCGCCCAGCGACCUCGAUCCUCCGACAACGACGGAGCAGCGGGGCAGCAUUGGAGGUUCCAACGACGACGGCAAAUCCACCGACAGAACUGAUUCGACUGAUGUACAGUCGUCUGAUGGGUCUCAACGACCGGAACCGAUUAAUGUCAUUUCAUCGUCGUCAAUCGAGUCAGGCCAGUCUGGCCUCUCUUUGUUGUCGGAAGCCAGACAGACUCCUUCCGAGACACCUCCAACAACCCCGCGGGACGAGGUCAAUGAGAAUCCGAUGGAACAACAAUUGAAGACGGCUAUCGCUCGCACCGAUGCAGACAAAGCCGCCAUUGCAAACCCACCGGCCCCCUCAUCGGAAACCUCGGAAUCACACGGGAGUGGCUUCAUAUCUUCAGCCAACAUCAAAACCACCUUCUUCCGAGCCGCCGGUACCAUUCGACGCUCUAUGGACAUGGAUGGCUUCAUGUUUCUCGACGCAGUGCCAAGUUCUUAUAGUGACAGGUCCGACCAGCCCACUCUGAACAGCCAGCCAGGGACUCUCCACGACUAUGAAGAAGGCCCAUUUUGCUCUGCCAUUGUCAAAUCUUGUUUAGGGCCCACUGGUGAAAACAUUACUCACUCUUCCCAGACGCGCCUGCCUGAAGUAUCGCUUCAACGGUUUAUCCGCGCGUUCCCUCAGGGCAAAGUGUUUACCGCUGAUGAAUAUGGCCCGAUCGAUGACAGUUACGGACCUGGGAAGCGAUUCCAGUCCUCUCGUCAACAACCAGACCCAGCAACUGUACGACUGAAGGAUGACAUUGACGCCCUAUUCCGAGUUUUGCCCUCUGCCAAAUACGUCGUCUUCCUGCCGUUGUGGCAUUUCCAGCGCGAAUGCUGGUAUGCUGCCAGUCUGGGUUGGGUGGAGGACCCGACUCGGGCUAUCGACAUCACGGAUAUCGGUCUGGUGUCUGCGUUCGGCAAUUCCAUCAUGGCCGAGGUAUCACGACUUGAAGCCCUCGCCGCCAGUCGCGCAAAGUCAGACUUUGUUUCAUCCCUUAGCCAUGAAUUGCGCAGUCCACUUCAUGGAAUCAUGGCCAGCAGCGAGUUGCUGCGAGAGAAUAUGUUGGACAACCCACUCUUGUCGACUUUAGAUAUGCUGGACUCCUGCGCCACAACGUUACUCGACACGUUCAACAACUUGCUCGACCACGCUGUGGUGACCCACGCCGGCCGGGAACGUGACCACAAGUCACCGGCUGCACAGCUCCGAGUCACUGACUUGGGGCUGCUCGUGGAGGAAGUUGUGGAAGCCAUCCGUGUCGGCCACCUAUCUGGGAACGCCUUCCACAUGCAAUCGUCGAUGCUCAAGAAGAUAGCAGAACCAGUUAACAGCAACGUACCCGACCGUCCAUUACUCAUCACCGUCCAUGUCGCGAUGAAAUCUGCCUGGAGAAUGCCCGUCAACGUCGGUGCAUGGAAGCGCAUCGUCAUGAACAUUUUUGGAAAUGCCCUGAAGUACACCUUGACUGGACGGAUUGAGGUGAAACUAAAAACAGUUCAGCGACUGGAUAAGACAGGGAAGUCUUCUGAGCAUAUAUCCUUCUCGGUGCAGGACACUGGGUUGGGAAUGUCUUCUGACUAUUUGAAGUAUCACCUGUUCACCCCGUUUUCCCAGGAAAAUAGCCACUCACCGGGCAUGGGCCUCGGCCUCAGCAUUGUCCAGCAACUGGUCAAUGACCUCGGAGGCUUCGUUGAAGUUUACAGCUCGGUUGGCAUAGGCACAUGCGUCGAAGUCCUCGUUCCCCUGAAUAAAAAUGAGACGGACUCAUCGGUGGCAGUGCCUGUCCAACCUCCACAGCAACUAUUCGACGCACAUCAACGCCAGCUCGCUGGUCGCACUUUGUGUCUGAUCACGAGCGAAGCGUACAGUGCUUCCAACAACACUGGUCCAGGGGCCAACAAAGAUCAGCGCCUUUGGACCAUGAAUGUCGAAAGGGCUUUGAAGUCCAACGCGGGUGAGACCAUUGGUAUGACAGUGACCAUACCAACACAUAAUGAGCCACUGCCAACCGCAGAUAUCUACGUUUUGGAUUCUGGCGCGUCUCAUGGUACAGCACACAAAGACAUUGAUGACUUUAUGGUCAGACAUUCGCAUAUUGCGCCCUUGGUGUUGCUGUGCUCAGGCUCUGGGCCGCCAUCAUGCCUGAAGUCGAGUACAACAAAGAAUCACCCUCUUCACAUCCACCACCCCCUGGGCCCCAGGAAACUGGCGGCAGUAUUAUGCGCGGCUCUUGAAGCCAAAACGCCUCUCAACAUCGACACAGUCCAGCCCAUCAAUUCGGCCCAAGCAUCUGCCGUCGCCAAAUGGGUUACGCCUGUCCCUCUCAGUCCGGGUGUUCCUGCGCUGGCGAAACUGAAAACAGAACUGGGACCAAUAACCGGACCAGACCCUCGGCCGGCAGUGCCAGUGGAAGCGAAGACUAAUAAGCCUAUCACUUCACCAACGACGUCUAAUGCUGGGGGCACCGCGCAAUCCCCCUCCGCGCCCACCAGACAUCUCUUGCUUGUUGACGACAACCCCAUCAACAUCAAACUCCUCACACAUGUGGUCCGCAAACUCAACCACACCUUUCUCACUGCAGCCAAUGGCUUGGAAGCUGCACAACUUUACAAGAAAUCUCUGGAAGGCCAGGGGGCGCGGUUUGAUUUGGUGUUUAUGGAUAUCAGCAUGCCCAUCAUGAAUGGCUUCGAGGCCACACGGGAAAUUAGGCAGAUGGAGGCCAACGUGGGUGUUGUUGACAAGGUCAAGAUUGUUGCUCUCACGGGACUAAGCAGCGAUUUGAGCCGGAAUGAGGCGACGGCGAGCGGGUGUGACUUGUUCCUGACGAAGCCAGUCAAGAUGAAUGUUGUCAGGGAGGUGCUGAAUGAGCUGAACAACGAUAGCGCAGGGGGGUGA